AUGACGCAGCGGACUACAGGGCAGCGAUUCCGGCAGCGCAAACUAUCGACACGGCAGAACCUACCUGUACUGCGCGAGCAUGAAGUCGAGAAGAUCUCUGAUGAUGACGCCGCUCGGCACAUGCCAAAAGUCGAGUCCGGCGUCGACAAAGGCGAGGAGGCUGAACAUCACUUGCAAGCCGUCAUCUCCGCAUCGCAUGCAGCAGCCGUCGGCGGAAAGAUCGCACAGCUCUACAUUCCGACGCCUGAGACAAUACAGAGCACACUGGAAUAUGAGCGACUCUACCCACGGCAGUUCAAGCAGCCGUCGACUUACAUUCGCUUCUCGUCAACCGUCGAAGACUGCAUAGGAUGUCCAUACUGCAUGACUGCCGACGACGAGGUGUUCCUCAAGUCGAUGAACCAGAAGAAGCCGGAAUCGCAGCGAUGCUCAGAAGACCAGUUCGAGGAAGUGAUGUAUUUCUUUGAGGAGACUUCGGCAGCCAAGCAGCCGUUCGCCGCUGUUGACAACCCGCCAGUGGUCUCUUACGAGGAGAUGGAGAGCUCUUUCGAUGAGACCAUCAGUGACAGCUGUAGAAGGUUUGCGCUAGAGAUAUACGAGCACUGGAAGAACCAACGGGUUCUGAAAGGGAACCGCGCGCUGAUGCCAGCUCUGAAGUUUGAGACCAAUGUAGAGACCGACGAUAAUGACCCAUACGUGUGCUUCCGCCGGCGAGAGGUGCGGCAGACCCGCAAGACUCGCGGUCGAGACGCCCAGGUCAUAGAGAAGCUGAAAAAAAUGCGGAGAGAUUUGGAGGACGCACGACAGAUACUGCACGUCUGCAAGCAGAGGGAGUAUUUGGGACGGGAGAAUUUGGCCAACAACCGGAAACUCUUUGAGCAGCGAAUAUUGCUCAGAGACGCCAGAAGAGAGAACGGUAUUAAGGAGGACGACGACCUCCUUGUUGAUCAGAAGCCGGCCCCCAAGCCGAAGACCAAACCCGACCAAACCAACUUGCAACGCCAGAUGUCCGGCACAGCAAAGGCACAGGUCGCGCGCAUGGAUGGCCGCCCUCCGGACUCGGAUCUUGUCUCGCUGGAAGAAGUCACCGAGAAAAAGCAGGAGGAUAUCCACAAGUUCAUGGAGGACCUUGCAUCCAAGCACAGGAACUGGAACAAAGACUGGAGAGACGAGACUUGGAGGCCACUCACCCCGCCGCCGCAGGAACAAGCUCCCCGAUCCAGCUUCCGUGCCGCUACCACUUAUACUUUGCCUACUCCUCCACCGUCAAUAGCAUCGGAAGGCUCCGGCGAGCCGAUGGAUGUUGACGAGCCGACGCCAAAGAUUCUUAACAAAGGGUCAGUCACGGCUCAAUACGCGUCGCCGCCCUUGGAGGCACCUGUGGAGUCUCAACGAUCGUAUCGGCGGCGUAUAGCUCGAGGCGGGCGCCUCGUGAUUGAUCGCCGAGACAUGAAACGGCCAUUCCAGGAAGACGCCGAUGAGCGUGUCCUCGAUCGGUACAAAUACGAUCGAGAAAGUUCGGAAGACGACGAGGUGUACCCGUACGAUCCCUAUGACAAUGCGCACAUAAGAUUCCGCGUCUUGUCCGGAUCGCCCGAUCAGAGUCGGAGCGCGCAACAACAGGCGCAGAUGCGUAGGGGCGUCGCAGAAGCGUCGAUGGCGAAUGGAGCUCUGCAUCCAAACCAUGCGAGGAUGCAAGGUUCGCCGCCGCAGCAGUCCUCCCAGUAG